ACUACACAGUCACACGCAGUUGUCGGGCUGUCUGUCUUUACCAAAUUAUUAUUUUUAUAUUGAUAUUUGCGUGUGUUCAAUUUAUUGUAUUAUAAUAUUAAAAUAUUGCAUAGUAAAGUCGUAACUCUUUGUCUCGUUAGUUAGCUGUUACUUGUUUAGAGUGUUAGACGUUCGUAUUGCGCCAAUCGCCGAUUGCACCGUCUGCUCAAGCCGCACUGUUUGUCAGUUUUUUAGGCCUUCAAAUCCUGAACUCAAUAUACCCGCAACUCACAAUGCAAAACGGAACGCAAAUACCAGAAUCCAGAAAAUGUGAACCAGCUGAAUACGAGUACAAAAAAACAUCUUAUGCGGAGUUAUUUGAAGUAUUACAAUCCUUACGCAAACACGAGAUUUUUUGUGACGUUAAACUUGAAACGGACGAUAAAAAAAUUAUAUUCGCACACAAGGUGGUUUUAGCAUCGGCUAGUCCGUAUUUCCAUGCAAUGUUCACAAAUUUUGCUGAAAAAAAUUAUGAUCUUGUUACUAUGAGACAGUUAAAUUCUACCUGUUUACAGCUGUUGGUAAAUUUUAUUUAUUCAGGCGAAAUCGUGAUCACAGAAAAAAAUGUCCAGGAUUUGUUAUCAGCUGCAAAUCUGCUACAGUUACAAGAAGUAAAAGAUGCAUGUUGUGAUUUUUUAGAGACACAACUCUGCUCUACCAAAUUGUAUCGGGUAUAA